GCACCUUUUUUUGCUGCAGAGAUUUUUGGAAUACUUGUUUGUAUACGAUUUGCAGCUUUUCCUUUGUCAUGUCUGGAGUAUUUAUAAGUUCAGUCGGCUUUUUGAGUUUGUUUUUUUAAAAUCAAUGUUUUUUCUUUAAAAUCAGGACUGAAGUUCUGGAUUAUGGUGCUUUGUUUCUGGUUUGUAAAGCUUGUACUCUAUUAGCUAUUGGGAAUUAAUGCCUGAAUAAAGAUUCAACAAUGUUGCAGAUUGCUUUAUUGGACUUCAGAGGCUGCUGUUCAAAUUAAAGCUUCAUUUGCCUUACAGCCAUAUAUUUGGAUUAUGACUGGAUUUCUGAGGCAUUCAAGAAUGGUGAAAAUAGUAAUGUAUUGAUCACAAGAAAGGCUGUUUCUGACUUUUCUGCUGAUUUCUAAAAAUAAUUGAAUUCCACAGUUUUUAUUAUUGAGACUGAAUGAAUAUUUUUUCUUUUUUGCUAUCUACACCAUUUUGACGUGUAGCCGUUUGUAAGGUGGAAAUCGAUGAACACAUCUUUACAGUUAAUGAAUGCUUUCUUGUUUCUGAAAAUUCUAUAAGUAGAUCAUCCAUCGGAUAUUAUUUUAGCAUUAUGCAGAGGGUGCAGUAUGGACGAAUUUUUCUAUCUGUAAAGAGAUUUUACACUGCAGACAACGCACAAAACCAGUGCAGAGAUAUUGGGAGGGCUGCUUUGUCCCUGUAAUAAACUGCUGUCAGGCAAUGGCACCUUUUCAAGACUUGCUAUCUGAGGCCUGAGCCAGACAAUGGUAAUAAUGAACUCCACACUGGACAAAAAUUAUUCUUACCAGCUGUUUUGUCUCCUUGGCAUUGAAUAUUCACAAGCUGCAGGCUUCUGCGUCCUGGAAGUGGUUGUAAUAAUGUUUUUGACUGUUUUGAUUAUUUCAGGGAAUCUUAUUGUUAUUUUUGUGUUUCACUGUGCCCCUUUGCUGAAUCGUCACACUCCUAGCUGUUUUAUUCAGACUAUGGCAUAUGCUGAUCUUUUCGUUGGUGUCAGCUGUCUCAUCCCUUCUCUCUCUCUAUUGCAUUUUCCAACAGGAUUUCAUGAAUCUUUGACUUGCAAAAUUUUUGGAUAUGUAGUUUGUGUUUUAAAGAGCGUGUCUAUGACAUCAUUAGCUUGCAUCAGUGUUGACCGAUACAUUGCCAUUACAAGACCUUUAUCAUAUAAUGCUCUAGUAACUCCUUGGAGGCUGCGAGUCUGCAUUAUUUUGAUCUGGAUAUACUCCUGCAUUGUUUUUCUACCUUCAUUUUUGGGUUGGGGCAAACCUGGCUACCAUGGUGACAUAUUUAAAUGGUGUGCUUUGUCUUGGGAUACCAAUACUUACUUUACUGCUUUCAUCGUGGUGAUGCUGUAUGCUCCAGCAGCUUUUACUGUUUGCUUUACAUAUUUCAACAUUUUCCGUAUUUGUCAGCAGCAUACAAAAGAAAUAAGCGAUCGGCGUGCCCGCUUUAGCUCACAGGAGGCUGAUUCAGCUGAUACCCAGAGCUGCCCAGACAGACGCUAUGCAAUGGUUUUAUUUCGCAUUACAAGUGUAUUUUAUAUUCUCUGGCUACCCUAUAUCAUCUAUUUUCUUUUAGAGAGUUCUAACCUUUAUGAAAAUUCCCUUGCCUCCUUCCUGACUACCUGGUUGGCGAUCAGCAACAGCUUCUGCAAUUGUGUCAUCUAUAGCCUGUCAAACAGUGUUUUUCGGAAAGGCCUGAAGCACCUCUCUGGGGCAGUUUGUGCAUCCUGCAGCUGCCAUGUGGAAAGCAAAAUGCCACCUGUCGCAAGCAGCAAAAGGUCCACCAAUGGCUGCACUGUUUAGAUAUUACAAAAGUACUGCAAUUGUGGGAAAAUGUGUAUGUUAGACCAUUGCUGCUUUUUUAGUCCUACUUGGAUUAGCUCUGAAGGAAAAUGGAGAAAGUCCUUACAUAUAGUUGGAGUAGUAAAGUAGUUAAUGCAUGAUUUUGUUUUGAAUUCCAUUUUACCUUUAUAAAAAAUAUAUUUGAGAGCUUUUUAGUUGUAAUGAUUAAAAUGAAGGCCUGCAAAGAAUUUUACUAGAAGUGCAUUCAUAAAUGAUAUUCUGUAUAGUAUGUACAAUUAAAUGCCUAUACUUCAGAUGUAAAAUCAGAAUAAUAGUAAUAAAUAUUAGUGGAAAUUUUUUGCAAAAGGUUUAGAAAUGUUAUUGCAAGUAAUUGGUUGAGGCAACUUCUGUAUUUUGCAUUUUAACCUUUUUUUUGGUUGCCUAUAUGGUUUUUCUUGUGGAUUUGUAGCCACUUCUGAUGUGAUGUUCAAUGUUUAUUUAUCUGUAGCAUCGUACUAUGCAAAGGCAAACAUAGCUUAAAAAAAAAAAAAAGUCAGUGUGCUUCUUUAGAGUCAGAUAUUGUGCCUGUUAGUAAACGGUUAACCCACUACAAAGAAUUGUAAAAAUUAUAAUAAGAAAGCAGAAUUACUAGAAAUAAGAAAAGUGAUACUUGUAUUAAACUAAUUCUGAAGAAAGUAAAUUACACAGAGCAGUUCAGUUGCUUUUGAAAUGUUUUACACAUACAGUAUUUAAUUAAUGUUAUUUGACCAUAUUCUUCAUAUUUUAGAAUACUUAUCUUGCAG